AUUACAAAAAUAUAAAUAACAAAAUAUAAGUCUGUCAUUGAUGUCGGGAAUCUUCGUUCGUUCAUCAAUAAUUUACCUAUUUUUAAAUAUCUUCUUAACAUAUAAAUAUUUAAACAUUGAAACGAAAUUGAUUAGUGCUGAGCAGGAUGAGGAGGUCAGGAGCUCCAUCACGUCUUGGAGUGAAGCGCCCUCGCUUUACUCCACCCUUUGCUAAUCGUGAGGCUGUAUCAGUACACUCGCCUGCUGCAGACAUGCCGAUGACACCAGCUAAUAAUAAUAUGCAAGGACAAUUUUCCAGGAAGUUCGCUCCUCCAUCUUGUAACAAAGUUGCCAUGAUUGUGCAUGACGAACGUAAUAGGAUCGAACCUAACCUACUACUUUCUGAACACACUGUUACCAGUUGUUUCUCACCCAAUGAUAGAGUAGAAGACAGUGAACUAAAAAGUUGCCUGAAAAGUAUUGAAAAUCAGUUGGGUGCCGAUUCUCAAGCCAAAACUGCUAGUCUCAUCCGUGACGCAGAAAAGAAAGUUGAAAACAUUGCAUGCAUCAGCCCACAUGUAGAUAAACAUGUUGAAUCUGUCAGAACUGAAAGGAAUGUGCCAUUAUUGAAUGAAAUGAAAGUAACCACUGCCAACAAAAAUCCUGGUGCUAACCUUGCAGAAAAUAUAGUUUGUGAACAAUUUAAAGAUGAUAAUACCGACAAUAAACGACUUGAAAAACAUACAGAAAUGAAAGUGAAGUUUGUACCACCAACGAAUCAACAGAAGACAUUACAGCAGACAAAUACCGAGGAAGAUGAACCAGGGAGCAAUUACUAUUCUGUACUUUGGUGUAAAAUGUCAAAGAAAAAACACAAGAAAUGGGAAGGUGAUGCUGUGUUAGUGGCCCGAGGGAAGUCUGUAAGGCUAAUUGAUCUUGACGGCAAAGAAAUUGGCAAGAGCAGUGGGUACAAGACUAAUGAACUGAGCACAAUGGAAGAAGGUCAUUCACUUUUCAUUGGUGGUAAAGAAAUCGAGGUGAUGAAUAGAUUGAGCAAGGAGGACUGGACAUCUGGAAGGUGUUUUAACACAGCAGCUGCAUCUGCUCCUAUUGUGGAUGUCCAAGUUAAGCCUAGAAUUCCUGCCCUAACUAAAGGCUUUACCAAACCUACCAUUGGAAACUCAUCUGUCGUAAAGGCUUCCCAAACAGCACCGCUGAAACCUUUGUUUGACCCGUCUAAGCCAGACGCACUUGUCCUUCCACAUCCAACCCCCACCCAACAAUGGAAUAGCCCAAUAGGCUCCAGAGGCACGGUGGAUGUUGUUGUUGAUCCGCAUCUUAGCAAGAAGCUGCGACCACAUCAGAGACAAGGAGUUGUGUUCUUAUAUGAAUGUGUUAUGGGAAUCAGGAACGGGCAGGGAUGCGGAGCUAUCCUAGCGGAUGAUAUGGGCUUAGGUAAAACAUUACAAUGCAUUACAUUAAUAUGGACUUUAUUAAAACAGAACCCAUUUGGUGUUAAUCCAGUAGUGCGCAGGGUUUUAAUAAUAACACCAGGAAGUCUUGUGAAGAAUUGGUGUCGUGAAUUCAGAAAAUGGCUAGGGGUUGAACGAAUUAAAGUGUUUGGAGUUACAGGCGAGUCAAAAGUUGAGGAAUUUCUCCAUUCCCCCAUCUACCCAGUCAUGGUGAUCAGCUAUGAGAUGUUUGUGCGCUCAAUCAACGAUGUUCGCCGCUGCAAGUUUGAUAUUCUAAUCUGUGAUGAAGGUCACAGACUCAAAAACACAGGCAUCAAGACAACUUCGUUGCUUUCAAGUUUGCCAGUGAAGAGAAGAAUCUUAUUAACGGGGACUCCAGUCCAGAAUGAUUUACAGGAAUUCUACUCACUUUUAGAAUUCUGUAACCCAGGGGUUUUAGGCUCAAGCUCCUCUUUCCAUCAUGUCUAUGAAGCACCAAUUGUGAGGUCACGGCAGCCUGAUGCAACAUCAGAAGAGAAGCAGCUAGGUCUAACAAGAGGGGUCGAGCUCUCAAGAAUAACCAAACAAUUUGUGUUGAGAAGGACUCAGGACAUUAAUAACAAAUAUCUACCCCCAAAAGUUGAGAAUGUUGUGUUUUGUCGUCCAUCAACUCUUCAACUCCAGUUGUAUCAAGCAUUACUCAAAUCCCGAGUGCUUAAGGAAUGCCUAGUGACAGGGUCCAGUGGCACUCUACACUUGAUGUGCAUUGCAGCCAUAAAGAAGCUAUGCAGCGGGCCUAGCUUGAUAUUGCCUGCCUGCCUAGAGGUUGAAAUUUCUAACAACCAGGAGACAAAUUCGUCAGUGCUGUACCAAGGCCUUCAUAAUCUCUAUCCAGACCACUUCACAAGUGACUACUUCAGUGUUGAAUACAGUGGAAAGUUGAAAGUGCUCUCAGAACUGCUGCAUUCAGUCCAUCAAGAAGAGCCAGCAUCAAAAGUUGUUGUUGUGUCUGCAUAUACCCAGACAUUGGAUCUUCUGCAGCGUCUUUGUGACUCUGCUGAUUACAGCUUCUGUCGUCUAGAUGGCAGCACACCAACAGCAAAACGACAACAAAUCGUUGAAAGUUUCAACUCCAAGUAUUCAACAGAUUUUGUAUUUCUGUUGAGUUCCAAAGCUGGCGGUGUUGGCUUGAACCUGAUUGGUGCAUCUCGUCUGGUUCUGUAUGAUGUCGACUGGAACCCAGCCAAUGAUCUUCAGGCUAUGGCUAGAGUAUGGCGAGAUGGACAAACAAAGGAUGUACAUAUCUACAGGCUUUUAACAACAGGCACAAUAGAAGAAAAGAUUUACCAGCGUCAGAUAAGCAAGCAGGGCCUUAGUGGAGCUGUUGUAGAUGCUAAUAUUGACACUAAGUCUGCGUUCUCAACAGAAGAACUUAAGGAUUUGUUCACGCUACAUGAUGAUUCUCCUUGUGUGACCCAUGACCUCUUGAACUGUGACUGUGCCUUGAAAUCAAAUGCACAUAGUUUACAUAAGCAGACGCAGACUGUAUCCAAGUCAAAAGUGAGACAGUGUCAGCUUGGUCGUGUAUCCAAAAGUUUGAAUCAGCGAAGCGUAUCGAUGGACGAACUGCUUAAGUGGCAGCAUAUACCUGGACCCAACAGCCAAACAAAUCAAGACCCGCAUCUUCAGAGUGAAACCAUCACCUUUAUAUUCCGCAAUGAAGUCAACCAACCCAGUGCCUCCAACACAUAAUAGAAAGGUUGCCAGGUCUUGCAACAUUUUUUGCCAAAAUGUAGAUUCAUGUUAAACUUUAGUUGAACCAACAAAUUCCACUAAAUUGAUACUAACAAACAUAGAGCAUAAGCAGUAGUUAUAGUUGAAUUCAAAUAAAUGAUUUAUUUAUAUAAACAUAGAGCAUAAAUAUCUACAUUUUUGUAUUCAUCCAUAAAACAAUAUAAUCUACAAUGAUUUUCUUAUGUGAUUCUAUGGACGGAUUCAUUCAGUACAUGAAUAAUGGAAGAAAUGCUAUACUGCAUUAUUUGGUACAGUACAAGUACUCACUUUGUAUUAGCUUACAAACAAUUGUAUGUUACAGAUGUCACAGACAUAACUACAAAACAUAUUCAUUAUUCUUUCUCAAAUUUAGUGUACAAUGCAUGACCAUCUUCAAACCAAUAAAUCUCUUAGGUGUGGUAAAAUUAAACUUAGGCACCAUAUUCUUAUGGAAGAUACAAUCCUUCUGGUAAAUCUGAAGUAUUUAAAUUGUAUGUUACUGUAUCAAACAAUUUUACAAUUCAUGUAAUAAAUUAUUAAAAGCACUUUAAAUGUGGAAAA